UGUGACUAGAACAUGCCUGCGGCCAGGUCUCCUACAGCUUUCCCAGCGUGCGACUAUGUUACAGGUUGGUGCUGCACGUUGGUUCUGUACAAUUGGAUGCUGCAAUUUGGUACUGAUGUUGGCAUGUGGCACUGUGGCAUGGCGCUGCCUGGCAGUGCAACGAUGAUGUUUUACAAGAGGAUAAACAAGGGGCCGUGUGGGACAGAGGUUAAAGAUGGAGGUGCACGCUCCUACAUUGGAUGGCUAGAUGGUGCUAUGACACAGAUCAGCUUUGCAUAGCAACAAGUUCCGCAGCAUGGACCGGGACAUUGUUCUGCGAGAUGCCUGCGAUGCAUGUCACCGCCGGAAGAUGAGGUGCCCGUCCGAGGGCGCCGGCGCCUGUGCGAACUGUCGCCGGACUGGGCAGGUGUGCCAGUUUAGCCCCAGAAGCGAGAUGGGACGGCCGCGGCUCAACAACCGCGCCGGCAAGAGAGAUCAGCAGCGCAGGACCGGCAAGCCAGCCAACACGCAUACGCAACCCCGUGCCAGCUCGGCGGUAGCAAUUACGUCGACGACCACCGCUGCCGCGCCCGAAGUGGCCGUGGGGGUAGCACACUCCGCCCGGGAGGACACGGCACCACUUUCCCGCACGGAUCGAGACCCCGUGUAUCGGAUGGAAGAGACCCAGACAGAGACAAGAGCAAUCCAGGAAACCGGCAAAGCUAAGCAUCUGAACGUGGAUGCGACAGAUGGGGAUGCCGCCAUGAUGGAGGGAGGGGUCUGGGACCUGGCCUCGACCGACGCGCCCUCCUCUUGGGGGAGCGGAUUGAUGGAAGGACUCUCGACCUCCAUCCCCGACGCACAUUCAUUCUGCGAUUCCUGGGUACCUGAUAUGUCGCCGUCCGCAACGUCAAUGGCUCUCUACCACCAAACACUCGCCACAUUUGCGCGGUUCGACGAACCAAAUCAAACAGCUGCGUCACCGCGCCCCCAUAGGACCUCGGACAAUACUACCAAUGCCGCUGCCACGUCAAACAGCCCCACCCUGGUGCUGUGCAGUAAUCCGACGACAUCCUCGUCGAACUCGCCCUCGCUGUUCCGUGAUGUUCGGCCGUCCUUCUCAACAGACAGUCUCCUUGACGCGUACUCAGAGCUCUCACACAUUCUGUACGCUUUGCGCAAGUUUUCGAGCCCUGCGGUUGCCCAGAUAACCGGGUCCGAGUGUCUCCCACUUACCGGUGGGAACUGCAGCUCCAGCAAGCAGCAAACCCCAUGCCAAGCACAACAGCAUAGAACCCUAGACAAGGCCUUCUUCAUGGUCUCUUCCCUCUGUGACAUCAUUAGUUGGCUCGCCAGCAGCCCCCUGCCACCGGGGAGCAGCGAGUUGCCGUGUCUCAUGCUCGUGGCAUCCGUCAGCGCCACCGUGGUGGACAUGUACCGCAAGACAGCCGAGGUGUUCAUGGAUGCCGCAUCUCGCCCGGCACCGCCUUCUCGUUAUUACCCGCAUCAUCAGCGGCAGCAUCUCUCUCACUCCGGGCAACAACAGCAGAGGCACCGACCGGAGGUGCUGACGCCAACGUCACCAGCCGACGCCGGAAAAUGCCCAAUCGGUAGCAGUGCCAGCAACGGCAACGGCAACGGCCACGACAGGGCCGGGAGUGGGAGCACUGGAGAAGCGAAUCCCAGUUCGGUGUUAUCUCUGGGUGGCACGCAGCAGCAUCUGCAGAUGGUCUCGGACGCGACAAUCAUGGAGCUGCAUCUGGCACAGCUGCAGAAAGGACUGGCGAUGCUGCAAGGGACCGCUCACAUCCUGGCAAAGGAGCGGCCGCCGCGGCAGCAUCAGCAGGGGAAGAAGCACUAUUACGAAGAUGACGUCUCUCGGGCCGGCGGUAACGGCGACUUUAAGAGCAACACUUUUGAUGACGACUCCCAGACGCUGGCUCAGCUGGAGCAGGUUCGUGCUACCCUCCGGGAGUUUGUGGAUGAAUGGCGGCAUCGGAUGCAGUGAUGUACUUAGAGGCUGGAUUAUGCCCGGUCAAUUAAAGCACCAGGAGGAAGGUUCUCGAAAGUACUAUAGAGGCCGCGUACUGCGUUAUAAAUAAGAGGUUGAAAUUCUAUCUCGGCCAAAGAAAGCACGGUACGCACCGUAGA